AUGGAUACCAAUGGUGUCAACCAGAUCAUCACCGCCUUACAAGUCGUCUACGACGCCAAGUCCAACAACCAGCAGAGACGAGACGCCCAGGCCUUUCUAGAAACCAUCAAAAGUAACGAAGAGAGUCCAUUUUGGGGAUUCCAAUUAGCUCUCUAUGAGAACAACAAAGACAAUUACAUAGUGAGACAUUAUGGAUUACUGUUACUACAACACUCUAUAAACAAGCAAUUCCACACCUUUUCCUCCCAGAAGGCGUUGACCAUCCGUCAAUGGGUGGUGGAGUUGGCCAACAAGAUCGAGGAGUCAGAUCCUCAUUACAUCAAAGAGAAGCUUGCAUUUUUAUGGGUAGCCAUCGCCAAAAAAGUAUGGGGCUGCUAUUUGGUGAAAACUUUGAGCGGUGACGACGAGAACCCACCCCAAAAGUUGACGGAGUCGGACAUACUUGAUGGCUGGGCAUCUAUGGAUUCUGACUUGUGGCAUUUGUGGAAUCUGAACUUUGCAACCAGAGAGUUGUGUUUGAUCAUCACCAGAACCUUGUUUGAAGAUAUAUACUUGUUGGAUGACCCGGUAGCUAUGAAGAGAACAGCCAUCUUGAACCAAUUGAGCGUGUUGAUCGUCACCUCCAACGAGGUGUUGGAUAAGCUCUAUGACACCAACGAAAACUUGCUGAUAUGCAAACUGUCCAACGAAGGUUGGUUCAGCACUUGGAGCAGAUUGUUGUUGGACGUGUUGCAGAACGACUACAACUCCAAGGAGGUCCAGGUGUUUGUACCCAAGAUCUUGGCAACAUUCAAGACGUGUUUGCAUUGGGUACAACCCGAAAUCUUGAGGUCUGAGAACAUCAUGCAGACCUUGAUUAAUAUUUUGACUAUACCCGACACCAAGUUGAAGACGUUGGCCAUAGACUGUUUGCAUAUCUUAUUCACUCGAAGUUACUCCACUCAUGAAGACUUUGACUUUUUCAUAGGUAGUAUUUUCACCAGAGAAGGAAUCGAAAAACUAUCUCAAUUCUACAACUCAUUGAAAAUCGAUCCUUCUGACAUUGAUGAACAAGUUUACUCAUUGUUGAAGAAAACUGUGGAAAUGAUUGUAUCGUUGAGUGAAUACUUGAAUAUUUCAUUGCCGUCCAAGAACAAAAUCGAUUGGGAAAAAGCUGAUAUCGACAACUACUUGAGAUUGGUGCUAACCACCACCAACAACCCAAGUUUAAUUAUUUCAGGACUUUCUUUACAGAUGUGGGUUACAAUACUAAGGUUCGAUGAACUCAGUAACAAAUUGAACAUGGAUGCGAUUUUGAUGGAUUUGUUGGAAAUAGCUGCUAAUAGAACCAUCGACUAUACUAUCAUCGACGAAGACGAUGUAUCAAGACAAUUUCUUGAUAUGGACUUUGAUUCCGUGUCUGAUUCUAAUUCGUUCUUACUGAAUUAUAGGAAGUACAACGAAGACAUUGUCAGAAUUACCGUUUGCAAGAAACCUGAAGAUGGUCUUAGUUGGUUAGAGAACCGACUCCAGAAUUUCUUUAGCACAGAAUUGGGCAGAUCAUGCAUCGAGAAGUACAGAAUUGAUCCAAAAUCUGACGAGAUAAACUACGGUAACUCCCAAUUUAACAUCAUUGAAAAUUGUAUUAGAGGCAUUUCGAGAUGGAGAAUCUGGUAUGUCGGUGAGGACUUUGAAACCAUCAACAAUGGAUUGAAUUACUUGGUUGAAAACUUGGGAGAAAGAUUGUUGGCCUUAAACUUGGCAUGCCCCUUGUUAAUCAGGAAACAAGUCCAAACAAUGGUUCAGUUUGCUCCCCUUUUGAAAGAUGUUAGUCCUUUGAUGUUUCAGGUUUUAGAAAAGAUUUUGACUACUGCAACUUUUGACUAUCCUGAAGAAGUCAGUGACGAAGAAAAGGAACUCAUCAGAGAUUUGAGAACCAGCUGUGGUACCGAGUUGAACCGUUUGGCCUACAUCAUGCCUGAAUCAUUGAAGAAAAUCUUCAGUGAGUUGGAGACCGUAAUUUCCAAUAUUUUGAGCAGCAAAAAAGUAAGCGAUCAUGAGAACGUUGCAUUCAAGUCCUUCUUGUUAGUCAUUGCAUCUAGGUCUUCUAUCGACAACCGUAACGAGCUUUUUGCUAAGAUUGUCGACCCAGAUUUAUCAGCCUGGUUGAGACCUGACACCGAAAAAGGAUUGAUGGAGUUGCAUUGGUUUAUGGAAAGAAUUGGAAUUGUUGAAAUUGCUUCUUACUUUCAGAAACGAGGAAUCACAGCAAGUACCAACUUAUUGGAAGCCCAUAUGGAUGAUGAAGGUAGAGAGUUGAGAAAUAAGUUGAAGGACCACUGGUCUUCGAUUUUCCCUAUCAGAGCCACUAGAAUCUUUAUUCAAUACAGUAUUGAGAAGUUGGGUCAUGAUUCUCAAGAGUACUUGAACUUAUUGAAGCUAUGGAAACCAAGAGUUCAACCCAUUAUUCCCCAUGUUUUGCAGUUGUUAACCCAGAUACAGAAUUAUCACAACCCCAACAAUUGGAAAGAGUUACCAGAUGAAGUACAAUCAUUCGUUAAGUACAGCUGUAUGGAACGGUUCUGGCAACAAGGAGUAUCUAUCCAAAGCAAAGAAACGUUUAUUGAAGAGAAUGUUAAAGCGGCUUUGACCUUGAGAGAUUUUGCUGAUUCUGUAGGUCACUUGAUAAGAUAUACCAGGGAAUACGCUUUCUUGACCAUCGGGUCUUUGUCUCAGUUGGAAGAAACUCUUUAUGAGAUUCCAGAUAUUGGAUCAAUGAUUUGGAAAGCCGUUACAGGGGAGAUGGCCGGUAUCACUCUUCACAGCUGGAAACAUAUGAUCAACAGUUGUUUGAGAAGUGUUGUUAGAAACUGCCCUGCGAAGUUUGUUGAGCCAUUUAUGUCUGAUUUAUUGCCUCGGUCCUUUGAGGAUUUGGACAAGAUCUUGGUCUCCAAGUGGGAAAAGGUGUACGUGAACGGAUUACAGCUUCAAGGAAACGAAGAUGAUGAAACCUUGUCGGAAGAGAUGAUGGAAGAACAUAUGUUGCGGCAAUUGACAGCUACAGUGGUUCGUUACUUAAUUGAUAUAGUCAGCCAGUUCAACUCCAAGGUCGUCUCCGACACCCAGUUUGCAAGUAAGAAGUUGAUAGUUGACAACAAGCAGAUUCUUGCGCCGUUCCUCCAGCUUUGCUGUCACAUCAUUAUGUUUAAAGAUACCAAGUGCUCGUUCAAUACGAUUUUGGUGAUGCGAAAUGUGUUGACAGAAAUAUUACUCAAAGACGAUGAGGUGGAUAAGUUCCUUUGUGACAACUUGAUCAAGGCAUUACUAAGAGUAUUAACAGAUGAUUACUUUGUGGAAACACAUUCCGAAGCUGCUACAGCCUUGACGACUUUAUAUUGUGCCUUGAGAUCCAAAAACGACUAUCCAGCCCGAAUUUUGGUGGAAAAUCUCCCUAACAUUUCCACCGCCCACAUUUCAAAUUUCGAGAAUCUUUUGGUGAACUCCAAGUCCUUGAAGCACCAACGGUCGGCGUUGUUAGAGCUCAUCAAGAUCCCCAAGGACAAGUUCAGUGGGAACGACCAAGAAGAAAUGAAAGAGCGUAAGAAACAGCUUGAAGCCGCGUCCAACGCCCGCACGAAAAAACUCCAACAUGUGGACGUCAUGAACGACCCAUUUGUGGAGAAUGCUCCUUUGAACAACCUUUUCGGUGAAGAAUAA